AGUGCCACAGGGAAAAUAGAGGAAUUCUUCCUAUUUGGUUCCUUCCUGGAGGCCACCAUGAUCGACAGGAAGAUCGGCGAUAAGCCAAUCAGCUUCGAGGUCACAAUAGGUAAGUAGUACACUCCAGGGUAUACAGUAAUAACUUAACAGACUCAAUUAUCAUUAGUAUUGGACUAAAAAGAGUAGUCAAUGAUUUGUAUGUUUGGCAUGUAAAUAACAAAAACACAACCAUACAAUUCUACUACUGUCUCUACUUUUCCCAUUUCCUUCUCCCAGGAAACUACGGCAACCAGAUAGACGGAGUGAGCAAGCCCUCCGCAGCUAAGAAGAAGAAGAAAGAGGGAAGAGGAGAGAGUGAUGAGGAAGAGUCAGAGCUGAUCCAGCAGAACUCCAGUGAGGACGAGGUGGAUGAUGAUGGGGAUCUGGUGUCUGUGUCCUCCACCCCUCCCAUGAAACCUGUCAUCACAGACAGGUCAGAGGACAGGGGUUCAAGGGUCAGGAUCAGGGGUGGUGGGUUAUGUUCUGUCAGUUCCUCCUGGGUCACAUCUAAAGCCUGGGUUCUGGCUAGAAAUAUUGUUUUGCUUAUGGCGUGUCACAACUCAAGAUAAAUCUGGGAACCACUUGGUCUAGAUCUUCCUUAUUCAUAGAACACAAUGUAGCCUAUACAGAUAUGUGUCACAAAGUACUAUAACAUUAAAAGAAUGUAGAUAAAAAAUUGUAUGGUACAAAGUACACUGCAAGUAGAAAAAAAUAGAAAUAUGAAAGAAAUCCGUUACCAUUGAUCUUAUUCUCUGAGGGACUCUGAUAAUGUCAACACUCUAGAUCAUAUCGAUUCUACACAGCCUUUGGAAACCUUUUUUAUUUUGCCAACCUCAGGAACUACUUCCACCUGCCCUACUUUGAGAAGAAGCCAUGUAUCUACAUCAAGAGCUGGUGGCAGGACCAGAGGAGACGACUUUACAACUCCAACAUCAUGGACAAGAUUGCAGACAAAAUGGUCAGUAACUACUCAUGUUGAAUGUGCACCAGCAGGAUAAUAAUUAGAUGAACCCCAAUAAACUCAAGGCAUUACUGUAUGCACUUGUUUGUGUUUAUGGGUUGUGUCUGACAGGAGGAGGGUCUGAAUGACGUACAGGAGAUCAUUAAGACAGAGAAGGCCUAUCCAGAACGCCGACUCCGAGGGGUGCUGGAGGAACUCAGCACUGGCUGCAAGUGAGCUAACAUUACAACAGCUGGUGCACAAAAUCAAAUACUAAGGAAGUCUUGAGGUUUUGCUCGACUGAGUUAGAGUAUCUUAUGAUAAGCUGUAGACCACACUAUUUACCAGGAGAGUUUUCAUCUAUAUUUUUCAUAGCUGUCUAUUUACCACCACAAACCAAUGCUGGCAUUAAGAUUGCACUGAAUGAGCUGUAUAAGGCCAUAAGUCAACAGGAAAAUCCAGAGGCAGCGCUCCUAGUGGCCGGGGACUUUAAUGCAGGGAAACUUAAAUCAGUUCUACCUAAUUUCUACCAGCAUGUGAAAUGUGCAACCAGAGGAAAAAAAACUCUAGACCAACUUUACUCCACACACAGAGACGCAUACAAAGCUCUCCCUCGCCCUCCAUUUGGCAAAUCUGACCAUGACUCUAUCCUCCUAAUUCCUGCUUAUAAGCAAAAACUAAAGCAGGAAGCACCAGUGACUCGGUUAAUAAAAAAGUGGUCAGAUGACGCAGAUGCUAAGCUACAGGACUGUUUUGCUAGCACAGACUGGAACAUGUUCCGGGAUUCUUCAGAUAGCAUUGAGGAGACACAGUCACUGGCUUCAUCAAUAAGUGCAUUGAUGAUGUCGUCCCCACAGUGACCGUACGUACAUACCCCAACCAGAAGCCAUGGAUUACAGGCAACAUCCGCACUGAGCUAAAGGGUAGAGCUGCCGCUUUCAAGGAGCGGGACUCUAACCCGGACGCUUAUAAGAAAUCCCGCUAUGCCCUCCGACGAACCAUCAAACAGGCAAAAAGUCAAUACAGGACUAAGAUUGAAUCGUACUACACCGGCUCUGACGCUCGUCGGAUGUGGCAGGGCUUGAAAACAAUUACAGACUACAAAGGGAAGCACAGCCGCGAGCUGCCCAGUGACACAAGACUUCCAGACGAGCUAAACCACUUCUAUGCUCGCUUCGAGGCAAGCAACACUGAAGCAUGCAUGAGAGCACCAGCUGUUCCGGAUGACUAUCUGAUCACGCUCUCCGUAGCCGAUGUGAGUAAGACUUUUAAGCAGGUCAACAUUCACAAGGCCGCAGGGCCAGACGGAUUACCAGGACGUGUACUCCGAGCAUGUGCUGACCAACUGGCAAGUGUCUUCACUGACAUUUUCAACAUGUCCCUGACUGAGUCUGUAAUACCAACAUGUUUCAAACAGACCACCAUAGUCCCCGUGCCCAAGGACUCUAAGAUAACCUGCCUAAAUGACUACCGACCCGUAGCACUGACGUCUGUAGCCAUGAAGUGCUUUGAAAGGCUGGUCAUGGCUCACAACAACACCAUUAUCCCAGAAACCCUAGACCCACUCCAAUUUGCAUACCGCCCCAACAGAUCCACAGAUGAUGCAAUCUCUAUUGCACUCCACACUGCCCUUUCCCACCUGGACAAGAGGAACACCUACGUGAGAAUGCUAUUCAUUGACUACAGCUCAGCAUUCAACACCAUAGUGCCCUCAAAGCUCAAGGAUCCUGAGACUAAACACCUCCCUCUGCAACUGGAUCCUGGACUUCCUGACGGGCCACCCCUAGGUGGUAAGGGUAGGUAACAACACAUCUGCCACACUGAUCCUCAACACGGGGGCCCCUCAGGGGUGCAUGCUCAGUCCUCUCCUGUACUCCCUGUUCACCCAUGACUGCAUGGCCAGGCACGACUCCAACACCAUCAUUAAGUUUGCCGACGACACAACAGUGGUAGGCCUGAUCACCGACAACGAUGAGACAGCCUAUAGGGAGGAGGUCAGAGACCUGGCCAUGUGGUGCCAGGAUAACAACCUCUCCCUCAACGUGAUCAAGACAAAGGAGAUGAUUGUGGACGACAGGAAUAAAAAUAGGACUGAGCACGCCCCUAUUCUCAUCGACGGGGCUGUAGUGGAACAGGUUGAGAGCUUCAAGAUCCUUGGUGUCCACAUCACAAACGAACUAUCAUGGUCCAAACACACCAAGACAGUUGUGAAGAGGGCACGACAAAGCCUAUUCCCCCUCAGGAGACUGAAAAGAUUUGGCAUGGGUCCUCAGAUCCUCAAAAAAGUAUACAGCUGCACCAUCGAGAGCAUCCUGACUGGUUGCAUCAUCGCCUGGUAUGGCAACUGCUUGGCCUCCGACCGUAAGGCACUACAGAGGGUAGUGCGUACGGCCCAGUACAUCACUGGGGCCAAGCUUCCUGCCAUCCAGGACCUCUAUACCAGGCGGUGUCAGAGGAAGGCCCUCAAAAUUGUCAAAGACUCCAGCCACCCUAGUCAUAGACUGUUCUCUCUGCUACCGCACGGCAAGCGGUACCGGAGUGCCAAGUCUAGGUCCGAAAGACUUCUCAACAGCUUCUACCCCCAAGCCAUAAGACUCCUAAACAGCUAAUCAUAACUACCCGGGCUAUUUGCACUGCCCCCCCCACCCCCCCACCCCAUCAUUUUACGCUGCUGCUACUCUGUUAAUUAUUUAUGCAUAGUCACUUUAACUCUACCCACAUGUACAUAUUACUUCAACUACCUCAACUAGCCGGUGCCCCCGCACAUUGACUCUGCACCGGUACCCCCCUGUAUAUAUAGCCUCCCUACUGUUAUUUUAUUUUACUUCUGCUCUUUUUUUCUCAACACUUUUUUGUUUUAUUCUACUUUUUUUAUUAAAAAUAAAUGCACUGUUGGUUAAGGGCUGUAAGUAAGCAUUUCACUGUAAUGUAUAAUAUAAUACCUGUUGUAUACGGCGGAUGUGGCCAAUAAAAUUUGAUUUGAUUUGAUACCACAGCCAUAAUCACUUCUGCUGUUACAGUGACUGGGCUGCCAUAGCCAGAGACACAGUGAUGACAACCAAAACAUCUUCUCUAUGUGUGUCUGUGUUUUUACUUUCAGUCGUUUCGUCACUUUGGCCAACAAGGACCAGAACCAGGCAGGCAGAACUAAACUGGACAAAGAGAGACUCAAGUCCUGCAUGAGAGAGAUGGUACAGUGCUGCUCUGAGAGAGUAAAGGCGAGAGUUGUUAUGGUUAUGAAUCUAUCCUUGUGUAGCACAGUGUGGGAAUGUUUAUAUUGUCAUAUCCUUCUCUGUAGGAGAGCAUGGGGCAGCAGGCCAAGCUGAUUCGCUCCCAGGUGAAGAGGAACACAGUUAGAGACAAACUGAAGAUGGUUCAGAACUUCCUGCACAGGCUCCGUUUCCUUGCCGACGAGGUACAGUACAGAUUCUGUUACACUCAACUUUGUUAUAACACAUUCUAGCUGCAUUGACAGAGCCUUAUAGAGAGAGCACAGGCAACCUCCCAACAGUGGAUCCUAGCUCUCCAUUAUAAAACACUAGCAUAAUAAUAACCAAUCACUUUGUACAGUAAAGAGUACCACUGUGCAACAACAAACUACACUCAUAAAAUGUCAUUCACCGUUACAAGGGUGUGCAUCCUUGUGUUGAUCAAUAUUAUUAAUGUUAUGCACAUGAAUUUCAGCCUGUAUUGACUGCUAUGUGGGUGUCAAUAAAACGUUGAACCUAUAUCCUCUGUGCCCUCCAGCCCCAGCACAGUAUCCCAGAUGUGUUUGUAUGGAUGAUGAGUAACAACAAGCGUAUCGCCUACGCCCGCAUCCCCUCUAAAGACAUCCUCUACUCCAUCGUAGACGAGGAGACAGGCAAGGACUGUGGCAAGGUCAAAGCUGUCUUCCUCAGGGUACGUGAACCUUCUUGGCUCUCUCCACCCUCCGCUUCUUCCUCACCCUCAUUGUUUUGUUUUAUAACCCAAACAAACUGAUGAAAGUUAAUUUACCUUAGUAUUGCUGUUGUAUGUCUUUGGCCUUGUGUCUUUAGAUCCCAAGCUAAGAUUAAGAUGUUUCUAUGGCUGAUGAAAGUUAUAUAUCACUAUAACGUUGCUUUAACGUUUGUGUCCCCAGCUGCCUGGUAAGAAGGGGUUUGGUCCUGCGGGAUGGACAGUGCAGGCUAAGAUGGAGAUGUACCUGUGGCUGGGCCUCAACAAACAGAGGAAGGACUUCCUGUCUGGCCUGCCCAAUGGCUUUGAAGAGAACAAGGCUCCCAGGACAAGCCCCUGUUUGCAGUCUGUACCCCCCGUCAGUCUGGUCUAUAACAGUAAGUCUGUCUACAGUCUGUACCCCGCAUCAGUCUAGUCUAUUACAUUAUACAGUAUAGUCAUUUAGCAGACGCUCUUAUCCAGAGCGACUUACAGUUAGUGAGUGCAUACAGUUUUUUUUGUCAUACUGUCUAUAACAGUAAGUCUGUUUACAGUCUGUAACCCCUAUAUACUGUGGCUAUAGUGAGUGAGCAGAUGCUUUAUAUGUUAGCUAAGUUGUGUAUUUGCACACUCCAUUACCUAGUCCCAUUUAUUGAAGUAUGUACUCAAGUGUUGAUGGCUCACACCUUUGCGUCUCUGUGUCCUCUCUCUGCUCUGCUGUGUAUCUGAGUGUUGUCUCAUCUCUGUGUCCUCUCUCUACUCUGCUGUGUAUCUGAGUGUUGUCUCAUCUCUGUGUCCUCUUUCUGCUUGCUGUGUAUCUGAGUGUUGUCUCAUCUCUGUGUCCUCUCUCUACUCUGCUGUGUAUCUGAGUGUUGUCUCAUCUCUGUGUCCUCUCUCUACUCUGCUGUGUAUCUGAGUGUUGUCUCAUCUCUGUGUCCUCUCUCUGCUCUGCAGUGAAGCAGGUGUUCCAGCUGAGGGCUCAUAUGUACCAAGCCAGGAGUCUGUUUGCUGCAGACAGCAGUGGCUUGUCAGACCCCUUCGCCAGGGUAUUCUUCUCCACACAUAGCCAGGUCACUGAGGUAAGGUGUGUGUGCAUGCAUGUGCAUGUGUGUAUGUGUGUGUGCCAGUGUGUGAGUGCAUGUGCGUGUGUGUGUGUAUGUGUGUAUGUGUGUGUGUAUGUGUGUGUAUGUGUGUUAAUGCUUGUGUGUCUGUGUGUUUUAGGUCCUGAGUGAGACUUUGUGCCCUACGUGGGACCAGCUGCUGGUGUUUGAUGAUGUUGAGCUGUUUGGGGAGGCCGGCGAGCUACGAGAUGACCCACCUAUCAUUGUGGUAGAAGUCUACGACCAGGACACUGUGGUAUGACGAGAGAGAGAGAGAGAGAGAGAGAGAGGAGAGAGAGAAGAGAGAGAGAGAGAGAGAGAGAGAGAGAGAGAGAGAGAUCAAUCACAAAAUGAUCAUUAUUUGGCUGAUAAUGGGGGCCUCAAGUCAUGCAAGAGGUAGGACAGGCUAUUUUACAGGGCAUUCCCAAACUAGGCUUGCAGUCUGUCCAUGACAUAGCCAUAAGCAUGUCCCUCUUGCAUUCCUCCAGUAGUGGUUGUAGACAUGGUUGUGUUUGAUAGCUGAAACAGUAGUUGGUUGGUUGCAGUCGUUUGGUUGAAGUGUUUACUCUACCAGUCAUGCAUGCUUCUCAUAAACUGAUGGAACCCCAUAGUGAUAUGACCCCUGGUAGGACUUCUUUCAAAUUCUGUUAGCCUUACAGUAGCUAGCAUGUUCUCUGAACAGUACCCACUUUAUACACCAUUUUCAGUACUAUGCCUGUGCUUACACUGGCCCUCAGUGGCCAUGACAAGAAAUACACCCCAGAAACAGGUUUCUAACUUUGUUUUUCUUUCUAAUGUUGUCUCUGUGGCGUCCAGGGCAAGGCAGAGUUCAUUGGUCGGACGUUUGCUAAGCCCAUCACUAAGAUGUGUGACGAGCACUACUGCCCCCCGAGGUUCCCUCCGCAGCUAGAGUACUACCAGAUCUACCGUGGUAACUCUACCGCCGGUGACCUACUGGCUGCCUUCGAGCUGCUGCAGGUGAGCUGAUCACACACACUCGCACACAUAGACAUGUGUGCACACUGCAAGUACACACACACACACACAUCAGGAACAUGCACGUAUAUACACCAGGAACACGCACGCACGUGCACACACACACACACACACACACACACACACACCAGUGGAGACUGCUGAGGGGAGGACGGCUCAUAAUAAUGGCAGGAACAGAGCGAAUGGAAUAGCAUCAAACCAUGUGUAUUUGAUACCAUUCCACUGAUUCUGCUCCAGCCAUUACCACGAGCCUGUCCUCCCCAAUUAAGGUGCCACCAACCUUUUGUGACACACAUACACUAGGAACUAAAUAACAUGCCAGGAACACACUAAGAGCAUGCCAGUGACAUGCAUGGAAAGAAAAAUACACACCGACACACAAGAAGUUAUUAGACAAAUGGAUCACGUAGAGCAGGGUUCUUCAAUUCCGGUCCUGGAGGGCCGAAACACUUCUUUUUUUUAUUUCUACCUGGUAGUUAAUUGCACUCACCUGGUGUCCCAGGUCUGAAUUAGCCCCUGAUUAGAAGGAGAGGAUGAAAAACAGAGGUGUUUCGGCCCUCCAGGACCGGAAUUGAAGAACCCUGAUGUAGAGAAUGACCGUCAACAGAUUUAUCAAUUGCAUGGAACAUGCAACUGCUGAACAGUUGUGCACGGAGCACGGUGACGAGCUGAUUCAUCAGCAAAUCUUGAAAAGAAGGCUCUCUUUCUUUCCCUCUCUAUAUUUCCUUCUCUUCAUCUGUCUGUUAUUCAUUUCUAUUUCAUCUAAUUGUCCGUCCUUCCACAAUACCUCCAUGCCUCUCCUGUCCUUCUUCCUCCAUGCCUCUCCUCUCCUUCUUCCUCCAUGCCUCUCCUCUCCUUCUUCCUCCAUGCCUCUCCUCUCCUUCUUCCUCCAUGCCUCUCCUCCCCUUCUUCCUCCAUGCCUCUCCUGUCCUUCUUCCUCCAUGCCUCUCCUGUCCUUCUUCCUCCAUGCCUCUCCUUCUUCCUCCAUGCCUCUCCUCUCCUCUUCCUCCAUGCCUCUCCUCUCUCUCUAUCCUCCAUGCCUUUCUCUGUCCUUCUUCCCUCCAUUGCCUCUCACUCUCUUCUUCCUCCAUGCCUCUCCUCUCCUUCUUCCUCCAUGCCUCUCCUCCUUCUCCUCCAUGCCUCUCCUCCCUCUUCCUCCUGCCUCUCCUCCCCUUCUUCCUCCAUGCCUCUCCUCUCCUUCUUCCUCCAUGCCUCUCCUCCCUUCUUCCUCCAUGCCUCUCCUCCCUUCUUCCUCCAUGCCUCUCCUCUCCUUCUUCCUCCAUGCCUCUCCUCUCCUUCUUCCUCCAUGCCUCUCCUUCCUUCUUCCUCCAGCCUCUCUCCCUUCUUCCUCCAUGCCUCUCCUCCCUUCUUCUCUCCCAUCCUCCCUUCUCACUUCCAUGCCUCCAUCCCUCUCUAUCCUCCUCCCUCUUCCUCCAUGGCCUCUCCUCCCCUUCUUCCUCCAUGCCUCUCCUCCCUUCUUCCUCCUGCCUCUCCUGCCUUUUCCUCCAUGCCUCUCCUCUCCUUCUUCCCUUCCAUGCCUCUCUCCUUCUUCACCUCGUCCAUCACUUGGUCCUCUCCUACUCCUUCCUCCAUUCCUCUCUGGUCCUUCUCCUGCCGUCCUACUCUCUCCUACUCUCCAGCCUCACCUCUACUGCUCACUCCUGUCAUCAACCUUGGUCCUCCCUUCAGUCUCCCUAUAUGGUCACUCUGGAUCGUCCUACUCUACUGUCCUCCAGUCUAAUCUCUGUACUCUCUGGGCAUCCCUCUAUGGUCACUCUGGUCAGUCUAACUCUAUGGUCACUCUGGUCAGUCUAACUCUAUGGUCACUCUGGUCAGUCUAACUCUAUGGUCACUCUGGUCAGUCUAACUCUAUGGUCACUCUGGUCAGUCUAACUCUAUGGUCACUCUGGUCAGUCUAACUCUAUGGUCACUCUGGUCAGUCUAACUCUAUGGUCAUCUCUGGUCCAGUCUAACUCUAUGGUCUCUCUGGUCAGUCUAACUCUAUGGUCAUCUCUGGUCAGUCUAACUCUAUGGUCACUCUGGUCAGUCUAACUCUAUGGUCACUCUGGUCAGUCUAACUCUAUGAUAUCUCUGGUCAGUCUAACUCUAUGUUCUCUCUGGUCAGUCUAACUCUAUGGUCUCUCUGGUCAGUCCAACUAUAUGGUCACUCUGGUCAGUCUAAGUCUUCUUCUGCUAAGUGUAUUCUAUAAAGUUUUCCCUCUCUGCCCCAUCCAUCUCUAUUCAGUGUCUUGCUCUGUAACUACUCUCUCUAACUACCGUACCUCUGCAAAACAAGUCCAGAACAAAGCCAAAGUGGAAACUAGGAAAACAAAACAUAUUGGGUCCUUUAAUUGCUGAAUACUGAUGAUGACUGUGCUGUUUGUAAUUUAAGUGUCAUUUUAUCUCCUCAGUAUGUUGUAUACGUUGGUUGUUGCUUCCUCUCCCUUCUUUUCCUGGAGUAGAUUGGACAAGGGGGGAGGGCGGAGCUUCCUCCCAUCGAUGGUCUGACAGACUCAGACUGUGGACCCAUCCUCCCUGUACCCAUGGGCAUCCGACCUAUCCUCAGCCGCUACCGCAUAGAGGUGAGACAACACUCCAUGACUAGGGAACAGCACUCAGAGAGGGUAGUAAAACUACAAGCUAGAGGGAUGGUAACUAGAAGAAAGAGAGAAAGUACCCCAAAGCUAGAAACUGGAAGGAGGAGGAACGCAGCUCCAGGUGGUGGAGGUAAGGGGAGCUAAAGGCAACCCCCAAAUAAGAUCUGGGGUGCUGUUCAAAUGGUCUGAUCCAGUCUGAUGUGUUGUGGUCCAGGUUCUGUUCUGGGGCCUGAGGGACCUGAAGAGGGUGAAUUUGGCCCAGGUGGACAGACCCAGGGUGGACAUAGAGUGUGCAGGGAGAGGAGUCCAGUCUGCUCUCAUUCAGAACUACAAGAAGAACCCCAACUUCAGCACCCUGGUCAAGUGGUUCGAGGUGGUGAGUAGAACCAGGUCAAAUCUUGAUGGCCUUUCAGACAAUGAAAGGCAGCAGAUACUGUACAUAUAGAAUGGAUUCAAGCUGGUUUAAUUAAAACGGACCUUAGAUCUUGCGUAUAGGCCAGGGCAACUUCAUAGACCCUUGUCCUAACUCUCUACGUGACCCCUGACCUUUGCCCCUUGACCCCAUCAGGACCUGCCAGAGAAUGAGCUGCUUCACCCUCCUCUGAACAUCCGGGUGGUGGACUGCAGAGCGUUUGGCCGCUACACCCUGGUGGGUUCCCACGCCGUCACCAGCCUGCGACGCUUCAUCUAUAGCCCCCCAGACAAGAUGCACAACAACUGGGCCAGCCCAGGUAGGCCUACUCACACUAUGCAAGACGCACAAAAACUGGGCCAGCCCAGGUAGGCCUACUCACACUAUGCAAGACGCACAAAAACUGGGCCAGCCCAGGUAGGCCUACUCACACUAUGCAAGACGCACAAAAACUGGGCUUAGCCCAGGUAGGCCUACUAACACUAUGCAAGACGCACAAAACUGGGCCAGCCAAGGUAGGCCUACUCACAGUAUGCAAGACACACAAAAACUUGGCCAGCCCAGGUAGGCCUACUCACACUAUGCAAGACGCACAAAAACUGGGCCAGCCCAGGUAGGCUGACACUUUUCUACUGCUUUUUAUUUAUAUUACUAGAGAUUACAUUUUUGUAUUGGUGUGGGGAAUCCAAUACCAUGUAUUUGUACUAUAUGAGUAUAUACACUACCGUUCAAAAGUUUGGGGUCACUUAGAAAUGUCCUUGUUUUCCAUGAAAACAUACAUUAAAUGAGUUUGAAUAGGAAAUAUAGUAAAAUGAAUAGGAAAUGUAGUCAUUGACAAGGUUAGAAAUAAUGAUUUUUAAUUGAAAUAAUAAUUGUGUCCUUCAAACUUAGCUUUCGUCAAAGAAUCCUCCUUUGGCAAUCUAGUUGUCAAUUUGUUGAGGAAAUCUGAAGAGAUUUCACCCAUGCGUCCUGAAGCACCACCCACAAGUAGGAUUGGCUUGAUGGGCACUUCUUACGUACCAUACGGUCAAGCUGCUCCCACAACAGCUCAAUAGGGUUGAGAUCCGGUGACUGUGCUGGCCACUCCAUUAUAGACAGAAUACCAGCUGACUGCUUCUUCCCUAAAUAGUUCUUAAAUAGUUUGGAGCUGUGCUUUUGGGUUGUAGGAGGAAAUUGGCUCCAAUCAAGCACCGUCCACAGGGUAUGGCAUGGCGUAGCAAAAUGGAGUGAUAGCCUCCCUUUUACCCUGUACAGAUCUCCCACUUUACCACCACCAAAGCACCCCCAAGACCAUCACAUUGCCUCCACCAUGCUUGACAGAUGGCAUCAAGCACUCCUCCAGCAUCUUUUCAUUUGGUCUGCGUCUCACAAAUGUUCUUCUUUGUGAUCCGAACACCUCAAACUUUGAUUCUUCUGUCCAUAACACUUUUUUCCAAUCUUCCUCUGUCCAGUGUCUGUGUUCUUUUGCCCAUCUUAAUCUUUUAUUUUUAUUGGCCAGUCUGAGAUAUGGCUUUUUCUUUGCAACUCUACCUAGAAGGUCAGCAUCCCGGAGUCGCCUCCUCACUGUUGACAUUGAGACUGGUGUUUUGCGGGUGCUAUUUAAUGAAGCUGCCAGUUGAGGACCUGUGAGGCGUCUGUUUCUCAAACUAGACACUCUAAUGUAUUUGUCCUCUUGCUCAGUUGUGCACCAGGGGCCUCCCACUCCUCUUUCUAUUCUGGUUAGAGCCAGUUUGCAUUGUUCUGUGAAGGGAGUAGUACACAGCGUUGUACGAGAUCUUCAGUUUCUUGGCAAUUUCUUGCAUGGAAUAGCCUUCAAUUCUCAGAACAAGAAUAGACUGACGAGUUUCAGAAGAAAGUUAUUUGUUUCUGGCUAUUUUGAGCCUGUAAUCGAACCCACAAUUGCUGAUGCUCCAGAUACUCAACUAGUCUCAAGAAGGCCAGUUUUAUUGCUUCUUUAUUCAGCACAACAGUUUUCAGCUGUGCUAACAUAAUUGCAAAAUGGUUUUCUAAUUAUCAAUUAGCCUUUUAAAAUGAUAAACCUGGAUUAUCAAAUGCAACGUGCCAUUGGAACACAGGACUGAUGGUUGCUGAUAAUGGGCCUCUGUACGCCUAUGUAGAUAUUCCAUUAAAAAUCAGCAGUUUCCUAGCUACAAUAGCCAUUUACAACAUUAACAAUGUCUACACUGUAUUUCUGAUCAAUUUGAUGUUAUUUUAAUGGACAAAAAAAUUGCUUUUCUUUCGAAAACAAGGACAUUUCUAAGUGACCCCAAACUUUUGAACGGUAGUGUACAUUUGUUAAUAUGUAUAAACUGUAUAUUCUCAGAAUCUAAUCUUCCAUAUUCUUUUCAACAGUUUGUGAUUUCCUCUCAGACUGAAUCAGACCUGCUUGUGAAUAUGAAUCUGUAUUUCCUACUGCUUUGCUCACUUUGAUGCUUCUUUGCUUUUUCCCACUCCUUCUCUCCUCUCCUUCUCUCCCUGUCUCUGUACCAAUCUGUCUUCUCUCUCGCUCUCUCUCACUCUCCCUCUUUCUCUCUCUCACUCUCCCUCUUGCUCCCUCUUGCUCUCUCUCGUUCCAUUUCUUGGUGUGUCCUGUUCCUCCUCGGUCACUCCCCUGACCCCUUCCAGCUAGACUGAUGAAUGGCUACAUGGUCGUGACCAACGGGGGGUCCCAAUCUCGCCCCUGCUCCCCUUACUCCCGCACCCCACCCCACACCCUCUCUCGCCCCGCAGGUGAUGUCACAGUCAACAUGGAUGCCGACCCCUCAGUCAGGAAGAUGGACACGGUGGUGAAGCUAGACGCUGUAAGCUUUGACACACGUGUCUCUGAUGUUUAUCACUUUUGAUUUCAUGUUUUUGGAAUGAAAAGGACAGAAGAAGAGAUGCCCUCAAGGACAAAAUUGAGGUUGAUGGCUUUACCUCUGGUCCUGUGUGUGGUGUAAAAUUAAUUCAUGUUUUGUUUAGAUGUAUAUAUUUUGUGUUUCAUUUGUGUGUUUUUGUGUGACCCUCCCCCUGUAGACGUCUGAUGCAGUUGUUAAAGUUGAUGUGGUAAGUCCUGGCAUGGAUCUGUCCCCCAACAUUUGAAAGAGCUUCACAGUGUGGACAGACAUCAAUGCGCACCUGUAACAUCUACUAUGAUCUACUAUGCUAGUUAGCACUUUGUUUGAUCAGACGCUCUCUCUCGUACCCGCAGAACGAGGAGGAGAAAGAAGAGAAGAAGAAGAAAAAGAAGAAAAAGAAGGGAGAGGUGGAGGAGGAUGAUGAGACAGACGAGAGCAUGCUGGACUGGUGGUCCAAAUAUUUUGCUUCCAUAGAGACACUGAUGGAGGUGAGAGAUCGAUUCUGUUCAAUUCUAUUCUAUUCUAUUCUAUUCUAUUCUAUGCUAUUUUUUUAUGUUCUGUCUCGUAUGAAUAUGGUUAUAUUCUGGAAAUAGAGUGUUUGAGUAGUUCCAAUAAGACAACUGGAGUGAAUAAAGUCAGUUCCAUGUGUUUCUUGUGGGGAUAAUUCUGAUGUGUAGUUGUGUUUCCCAGAUCCUCAGGGCUCAGGAGGCAGUUCUGGCCGAGGCAGAGGAGAGGGAGGACCAGGAGAUAGCAGCAGAGGGAGCAGGUAAACCCUGCUAGUGCUGAGCGUCAAAAUAGAGCAACUGUUGGCUAACAUGACUCUCAGAAUGACAGGAUUCUGUGCCAGCUCUGAAUAGUGGAUGAGAAUGGGAGUAGUAUAUGGCUUUGGUGUGUGCUUUUUGAGAUGAAUGAGCUAUAGGAUCAGAAUGUCUGUCUCUGCCUGCUUGCAGACUGGUGGAGAGGGCACCAGAGUAAAGUAUAGCAUGUGAAGGCAUUGUAUGCAUUGCACUCCCUCCUCACUCUCAUCCUUCAUCCCUAGCACCCCCGACCCAAUUACCACCUAAAGUAGAAUGAAAACAUGACCUCAUAUCAUACCCAUCGACCCCUCACACCAGCAUGACCAACCCUGCCUUGCACUACCAUGAAAGUUGGCUGAUAAACUAAACCAUUAAGGAACGCAACUUUUGCUUAUAUGCUUAUAAGGCUUUUUCGAAUCAAUCCUUUUGUCCCUUAAUCCCCUGAUUUAACCAUAAAUGAUUCUCUAUCAAGCAAAUAAUGUGGAUACAUCAAAUAAAUCUAUACAUCUACUAAUUACCAUGAACUCAAUUUUAAAUCAAAGUGUAAAACUUUGAAAAAAUAUCAAUUUCUUGUUUACCAAAUUCCUAUUAAGAUAUUCUCCCAGAAUUUGAAAAGAUUAUAAUGUGGCUCUUGUGAUUACAAAUACAGGUAACUGCCAAAAUAAAGGAAUCACCUAAAUAAAGUGUCUUAAUAGGGCGUUGGGCCACCACGAACCAGAACAGCUUCAAUGCACCUUGGCAUAGAUUCUACAAGUGUCUGGAACUCUAUUGGAGGGAUGCGACACCGUUCUUCCACGAGAAAUUCCAUAACUUGGUGUUUUGUUGAUGGUGGUGGAAAAUGCUGUCUCAGGUGCCGCUCCAGAUUCUCCCAGAUAUGUUCAGUAGGGAUGAGAUCUGGUGACUGAGACGGCCAUGGCAUAUGUUUUCAUGCUCAUUCAGUGGCCACUCGUGCCCUGUGGAUGGGGGCAUUGUCAUCCUAUAGGGGCAUAGCCAUGGUAGCCAAAAUAAUGGCCAAAAUAAUGGCCUGCCCAGCAUGACCUUAAGCAUGACGGGAUGUUAAUUGCUUCCACACCUGUGUGGAAGCACCUGCUUUCAAUAUACUUUGUAUCACCUCAUUUACUCAAGUGUUUCCAUUAUUUUGGCAGUUACUUGUAUGUUCCAUUUUAAAUUAAUUACUCAUGAUGUCAUGGAUAUCAGUAGUGAUCCAAUUGACAUUUUAGUCAUUUAGCAGACGCUCUUAUCCAGAGCGACUUACAAUUAGUGAGUGCAUACAUUUUUCAUACUGGCCCCCAGUAGCCCUGGCAAUGGACGGCCAGAGGGGUCAGAUGUCAACUUUCAUGUUGAUUGACAUCUGGGGUGCUGUGUCGUGUCCAUCCCUUCGUCCCUCUUCACCCCUCCUCCUCCAUCAAUCCCCCCCCCCCCUCCCCUGCCCCCCCCCUCCACUCUCCCUCCUCCACUCCUUCCACUCUCCCCACAAUCAGAUAUCAAACCUGAUGACCUCCCUGUAAAAGGCUCCAAGUGGAAGGAGAAGAGCCAAGACAAGAGCAGGAACAAGGAGAAGAAGAAGAGUCACCAUGCAGGAGAGGGGACAGAGAAACGCUCCAGCAAACCCAAAGUGGACGAGCUGCUGGUCAGUAGGCCUAGAGAUUCCACUGGACACACACACACACACACACCUUGUCGUUCAGAGUGUGUCUGAUACCAUUGCGCGUGUGUGUACUGUCCAGGUGUACAACAAGGAGUUGGAGGCAGAGUAUGAUAACUUUGAGGACUGGCUCCACACCUUCAACCUGUACAGAGGGAAGGCAGGGGACGACGAUGAAGCAGCACUAGAUGACGACAGGAUCGUGGGCAGGUUCAAGGGCUCCAUGUGCAUGUACAAGUUGCCUCUGUCUGAGGAGAUCACCCGGGAGGUGGGCUUCGACCCUAACAUGGGCAUGUUCCAGAGCAUUCCACACAACGACCCUAUCAACGUGAUGGUGCGCGUCUUCGUCGUCAGGGUGAGUGACAGCCUAACCUCUAACCAUAAACUAAAUAUUUCCCAGAUUGUUGCUUUAAACUUCAGCGACCUAAUCAUGUAUCCUCAGUCAACUCACUUGGUAAAAUAAGGGUUCAAUAGAUUGUAGGAAUACAUUCAUAAAUAAAAACCUAAACCAUAACAAAAAAACAACUCUGUAUUCCAGGCCACAGACCUCCACCCUGCUGAUGUCAAUGGGAAAGCGGACCCCUACGUCGUCAUCAAACUGGGCAAGUCAGAGCUGAAGGAUAAAGAGAACUACAUCUCCAAACAGCUCAACCCUGUCUUUGGCAAGUGAGUGUGGAUUGGUUGCACAUUGGUGCUGAUUCAACAAGUCAACUCAUAUAGAAAAUUGCAAUCAAGUGUAUUGAAGCAUUACUUUACUCUUGUGACUGGCAUAGAUGCAUCGGCAGCUCAAUCUAUGAAAAGCUAACCACUUCUUAUCUCAAAUGUCAUCCCUACUCUCUCCAUAUCUCCCUUUCCUGUUUACCCCCCCCCCACUCCCAUUCCUCCUUCCCUCAUUCCUUCCCUCCCUCCACUCCCUCCACCUCCUCUCUCAGGGCAUUUGACAUCGAGGCUACAUUCCCCAUGGAGUCCAUGUUGACCGUGUCAGUGUACGACUGGGAUCUGGUGGGCACUGAUGACCUCAUCGGGGAGACCAAGAUUGACCUGGAGAACCGCUACUACAGCAAACACAGAGCUACCUGUGGCAUCGCUAACAACUACUCUGUGUGAGUUCCUGUCUGUCUGUCUGUCUGUCUGUCUGUCUGUCUGUCUGUCUGUCUGUCUGUCUGUCUGUCUGUCUGUCUGUCUGUCUGUCUGUCUGUCCAUGUCAUUCUGUUUUACUGUCCAUUGUCUGUCUGUCUGUCUGUCUGUUAGUUUGUUCCUCUGUCUGUCUGUCUCCCCAAAAAUAUUUAAGAAAAUAAAAAAUAAAGUAAAAAUCGAUAACAGUCUGGUGUUGUUGUUUGUUCCUGGUAGACAUGGUUACAACGUGUGGCGUGACCCCAUGAAGCCAAGCCAGAUCCUGGCCAAGCUGUGUAAGGAGGGCAAGCUGGACGGACCCCACUACGGCCCCGGGGGCAGGGUCAAGGUCGCCAACCGCAUCUUCAUGGGUGUUACAGAGAUCGAGGAUGAGAAUGGUAUGUUGUUGACGUACAGUAUGAUACAUUUGUGCUGUUGAAAAUAUAUUUAUUAAGCUUUGCCUACAUUUACAGAGACCUGGUAUUUACUGUGCGUGUGUGUGUGUGUGUGUGCGUGUGUGUGUGUGUGUGUGUGUGUGUACAGGUCUGAAGAAGCAGACAGAUGAGCACCUGGCCCUGACGGUGCUGAAGCACUGGGAGGAGAUCCCCAGGGUGGGCUGUAAACUCAUCCCAGAACACGUCGAGACAAGACCCCUGCUCAACCCUGACCACCCUGGCAUUGAACAGGUCACACACACACACACACUCCUACUUAUUAUUAGUAUAACGUUAUUAUAAGGGUUCAUCUGGAACUAAGAGUGUAGUUUAAUAAAUGUUGGUCACUUUUGAGUUCAUUAACAAUAUAGUGACUUAUAAGGGUACAAUUAUUAAUAAUGCCGGAUAAUGAAGCUGUUAUGAGCUGUUAUAACCUGUUAUGACCUCUGUUUAACCCCACAGGGGCGGAUUGAGAUGUGGGUAGACAUGUUCCCCAUGGACAUGCCAGCACCUGGACCCGCCAUCGACAUAUCACCACGUAAACCAAAGAAGUAUGUCCUGUCUGGGGCUGGAGGAAGUGUCAGUCAGUGUACACUCUUAGAAAAAAGGGUUAUUCGGCUGUCCCCAUAGGAGAACCCUUUUUGGUUCCAGCUAGAACCCUUUUGGAUUCAAUGUAGAACCCUCUGUGGAAAACGUUUCUACCUGGAACCAAAAAGGGUACUUCAAAGGGUUCUCCUAUGGGGACAGCCGAAUAACCCUUUUAGGUUCUAGAUAGCACCUUUUUAGUGUAGGUACAGCAGUGGAGGCUGGUGGGAGGAGCUAUAUGAGGACAGGCUCAUUGUAAUGGCUAGAAUGGAAUUAAUGGAACGGUAUCAAACACAUCAAACAAAUAGAAACCACAUGUUUGACUCCAUUCCAUUAAUACCAUUCCAGCAAUUACAGUGAGCCCGUCAUCCUAUAGCUCCUCCCACCAGCCUCCUCUGAGGUACAGUAUAUGCUAUACAUUACAGAUAGAUCAAGGGACAACCUAAACAUUUCUGAAAGGUUUGAUUGAAGUUUUGCUAUUUAUUUAUGAUCCUAUACGAAGGCUUGCGAAAGUAUUCACCCCCCUUGGCAUUUUUCCUAUUUUGUUGCCUUACAACCUGGAAUUAAAAUUGAUUUUUUGGGGGUUUGUAUCAUUUGAUUUACACAACAUGCCUACCACUUUGAAGAUGCAAAAUAUUUGUUCUUGUGAAACAGACAAGAAAUAAGACUAAAAACUGAACUUGAGCGUGCAUAACUAUUCACCACCCCAAAGUCAAUACUUUGUAGAGCCACCUUUUGUAGCAAUUACAGCUGCAAGUCUCUUGGCGUAUGCCUCUAUAAGCUUGGCACAUCUAGCCACUGGGAUUUUUGCCCAUUCUUCAAGGCAAAACUGCUCCAGCUCCUUCAAGUUGGAUGGGUUCCGCUGGUGUACAGCAAUCUUUAAGUCAUACCACAGAUUCUCAAUUGGAUUGAGGUCUGGGCUUUGACUAGGCCAUUCCAAGACCUUUAAAUGUUUCCCCUUAAACCACUCAAGUGUUGCUUUAGCAGUAUGCUUAGGGUCAUUGUCCUGCUGGAAGCUGAAUCUCCGUCCCAGUCUCAAAUCUCUGGAAGACUGAAACAGGUUUCCCUCAAGAAUUUCCCUGUAUUUAGCGCCAUCCAUCAUUCCUUCAAUUCUGACCAAUUUCCCAGUCCCUGCCGAUAUAAAACAUCCCCACAGCAUGAUGCUGCCACCACCAUGCUUCACUGUGGGGAUGGUGUUCUCGGGGUGAUGAGAGGUGUUGGGUUUGCGCAAGACAUAGCAUUUUCCUUGAUGGCCAAAAAGCUCAAUUUUAGUCUCAUCUGACCAGAGUACCUUCUUCCAUAUGUUUGGGGAGUCUCCCACAUGCCUUUUGGUGAACACCAAACAUGUUUGCUUAUUUUUGUCUUGAAGCAAUGGAUUUUUUCUGCCCACUCUUCCGUAAAGCCCAGCUCUGUGAAGUGUACGGCUUAAAGUGGUCCUAUGGACAGAUACUCCAAUCUCCGCUGUGGAGCUUUGCAGCUCCUUCAGGGUUAUCUUUGGUCUCUUUGUUGCCUCUCUGAUUAAUGCCCUCCUUGCCUGGUCCGUGAGUUUUGGUGGGCGGCCCUCUCUUGGCAGGUUUGUUGUGGUGGCAUAUUCUUUCCAUUUUUUAAUAAUGGAUUUAAUGGUGCUCCGUGGGAUGUUCAAAGUUUCAGAUAUUUUUUUAUAACCCAACCCUGAUCUGUACUUCUCCACAACUUUGUCCCUGACCUGUUUGGAGAGCUCCUUGGUCUUCACGGUGCCGCUUGCUUGGUGGUGCCCCUUGCUUAGUGGUGUUGCAGACUCUGGGGCCUUUCAGAACAGGUGUAUAUAUACUGAGAUCAUGUGACACUUAGAUUGCACACAGGUGGACUUUAUUUAACUAAAUAUGUGACUUCUGAAGGUAAUUGGUUGCACCAGAUCUUAUUUAGGGUCUUCAUAGCAAAGGGGGUGAAUACAUAUGCACUCACCACUUUUCUGUUAUUAAUUUUUUAGAAUUAUUUGAAACAAGUUAUUUUUUUCAUUUCAUUUCACCAAUUUGGACUAUUUUGUGUAUGUCCAUUACAUGAAAUCCAAAUAAAAAUCCAUUUAAAUUACAGGUUGUAAUGCAACAAAAUAGGGAAAACGCCAAGGGGGAUGAAUACUUUUGCAAGGCUCCGUAUGAGUCUCAAAUCAGAAGGACUUGUACUUUUCCUACUUAUAUCCCUUCCAGGUUUUCUGUGGUAAGUGUUGUAUCUCAUUAGAGUAGGUUGGUUAUCUAGCACUAGACCUGGGAUGGUACAUGUCUUACCAUAGGAGUGUACAGCCACGUUCCAGGGCGAAGUAAGCACUAGACAACAACAGUCCAACUGUGUGUGUGUUCCUUUCACCCCCCUCACCAGAUAUGAGCUCAGGGUGAUUAUAUGGAAUACUGAUGAAGUAAUUCUGGAGGACGAUGAUUACUUCACAGGGGAAAAGUCCAGUGACAUAUUUGUCAGGGGGUAGGUACCACAGAGGGCCUCGGCGUUAUGCCCCGAUCGCCCCGUGGGUGUGACGAAGUGGCGUGCUGCGUUUUUUGGUGUUAAUCAUUACUUUUUUGUUUUGUUGUUUUGUUUGUUUCCACGUUUUCCGUGUGUUGCGUGUUUGUUUGUCGUCCUCUCUUUCUCUCUCUCUCUCUCUCUCUCUCUCUCUCUCUCUCUCUCUCUCUCUCUCUCUCUCUCUCUCUCUCUCUCUCUCUCUCUCUCUCUCUCUCUCUCUCUCUCUCUCUCUCUCCUGUGUGUCGAUGCUGUGCUGUGGUCCAGCUUUGAACUGCGUGUUAUAAUUUGGAACACUGAUGACGUAGUUCUAGAGGACGAUGCUUUCAUGACAGGAGAAAAGAUGUCUGACAUUUAUGUCAGGGGGUAAAACACACGUUUACAUCGCAUGACUCGUACAAACCCCUUCCCCUUUCCUUCCCCUCCCCUCCCUCAGCUAUCCAACCAGCACGCGGCUCCCCUGCUCAAGACCCAACCCUUCUCCCUCAGCCCUCCUAUUAGCACGCAGUAAACCACAACGCCUUCACGCCUACAGACAGAGGAAGCCAAUCAGGACCAUACCACUUAAACAGCCUAAAGAGGUCAACGUGUCAACAAAUGACACUAGGGCUAGGCCAUCUACUAAUUUGAAAUUCACUAAUCAUUAUUGAAUUAACCAGAUAAUGGAUUGCAAACGGUUUGCAAUAAGUUCUGUGAAUGACACACUUAGAAGAAAAACAAUUCUCUGUUCUCAUGCACAUUAAAUUGGAUAUAAGCUAGGAUAACUCAAUAACAGUAUUCCAUUGUGACUUGCCAAUUGCUAAUCAUCCUUACUAUCAUUAGUUUAAAUGGUAUGGUCCUGCAUUCCUACAACAGUUGUAGGUUGUCUUCGGCAGGGGUCAAAACUACUCGCGAUUCCAGGAAGUCUCAUGCAUGACAGCAUUAGCGAAAAAUGCUUGCAUGGAAAAUGGACUGGAUUCCAUAUUGUUUUUGCAAUUGUAUUGUCAUUUGCUGCCUCUGAUUAAUGAUGCUGUUGAUAGUAUAUCAAUACUAAUGGACAUUCAAAGUCGUAGAAAAGUUUCUCAAAUGUGCCCACCUUCAGGGUUUCAAUUCAGUCCAUUCAGAAAAUUUGUUGAAAUUCCAGUUGAAGAAUUUUAAACUGCCAUACAUUUUCUAAGAUACAUUUUCAAUUCUUGAAAUUGGAAUUUUGCUUUCCUUUCUGAAUUGAAAUGGAAUUGAACCCAACCCUGCUCACCAACCACUGGCCACUUGGCGCCACUGCAGCGGAUAAACUCAGUCUGCACUCCACACUGUGCUGAGCCUGCAUUGAGACUAGAUUUGCAUUGUAUGACACUUCUGUUAAUGUUAAUCUCGUAUCUGCAUCUUCCCUCCAAUGAAGGAAUGGACUGUCAUAAAGGCUUUUUAAAUAAUUGAUUUGACUCUUUUUGUAAAGCUUUGUGUGUGCAUGGCAUUUGUAAUUAUGUGACCGUCCAACACCAAAUCAGGUCAUUUGUAUUUAAAUACACAGUUUAAACUCUAUUCUUAUUCAGUUGUUAUACGGUGGUACACUUUUUAUAGAAUUCACCUAGGUGCACACACUAUGACCACUAUUUCACAGCCAUGUUUCAAUUUGAUUGAAUUAAUAAUCAUUUCUCAUUACUGGCUGGUUUCUUAUUGGAGGGUCGCACCAUACGUGUUUUGCUUUUCAAAUACUAACAUCCCUUUUUGUGUAUUCAGUGGACCAGACCUGUAAUGCAUACAACACAUACUGAGUCAUACUAUGAAUGAUCCAUAGCAAUCUCAAAUCACAUUAACUGAUGUAAAAUGGUGAUCUGAUCUUCACUGCAUCUGCCUAAAUUUCACAGACAACCUUCACACAGAGCAUGAUAAGUGAAGCUUGUUAAUAUGCUAAAAGAACACAAUAAUAACACAGUCCUUAUACUCUAUUUACUACAUCAUCAGGUCAACAUGACCCUCACCUCUAACCCCGUAUGACCUUUGACCUUUAACCCAGCUGGCUGAAGGGUCAGCAGGAGGACAAGCAAGACACAGACGUCCACUACCACUCUCUGACGGGCGAGGGGAAUUUCAACUGGCGCUUCGUGUUCCCCUUCGACUACCUGAUGGCUGAGGAGAAGAUCGUCAUCUCCAAAAAGGAGUCCAUGUUCUCCUGGGACGAGACCGAGUACAAGAUCCCUGCACGCCUCACCCUGCAGGUCUGGGACGCUGACCACUUCUCUGCUGAUGACUUCCUAGGUAGGCCUACACUGCUGGAGCUCUCUAGAACUCUAGGCAUUCUUCUUUUUAUUUUUCUUAAAUGUUCUCCAUUCGCUCUGCCAUAUAUAUCUCCUUUCUCUCAUCCCUCAAGCUCUUUCAACUCUUGUCCUCUUUCUCUCCAGGUCCUUCUCUCUGUGUCUCAGUCUGUCUCUACCUCUUUGUCUUUGUAUCUCCUCAGAUAUUGCCUCAGUUAUCUUCUAAUGUCAUGUAUUGUCUCUCCUGACAGGUGCGAUAGAGCUGGACCUGAACAGGUUUUCCCGCGGGGCGAAGACAGCCAAGCAGUGUUCUAUAAACAUGGUCCAGAACCAGGCAGAGCUGCCCUGUAUAUCCAUCUUCAAACAGAAGAGAGUCAAGGGCUGGUGGCCAUUCGUGGCCCGCGACGAGAACGACAAGAUGGAACUCACGGUGAGAGAGAGGAGAGAGAGGAGAGAGAGGAGAGAGAGGAGAGGAGAGAGAUCAUGGGAAUGAUUGUGUCUUCCUCUCAGGGUAAAGUGGAGGCGGAGCUUCAUCUGAUGUCGGCAGAGGAGGCAGAGAAAAGUCCUGUUGGUCUGGGACGCAAUGAGCCUGACCCACUGGAGAAACCAAAGUAAGAUAUUUACAUUUACAGUAUACACACACACUCACACUAAGACUAUACACACAUACACAUACAGACAAAAUGUACACAAUCACUAAUAACUCAAUGUUAAAAGCGAAGGUGGGAAACAGAAAAUAAUGGCACAGAGUCAGACAUGGUCAACUUUCCUAUACUCCUCCACUUCCUUCCGGGGUUCUAUUCACAUUAUGCAGAAAACCACUGUGCAAGUGUUAAAAGAGACUGUAUUUCUCCCAAAUGGUCAUUUAUUUCAAAACCUCUCAUCCUGCAUCCAUCAGAAGCUGAUAAUGGUUUACAUUUUAGUAGACUCUCUUAUCCAGAGCGACUUACAGUAGUGAGUGCAUACACCUUUCUUUAUUUUUCGCACUGGUCCCCCAUGGGAAUCGAACUAACAACCCUGGCGUUGCAAGCACUGUGCUCUACCAACUGAGCCACACAGGCUUAUUCAGAGGAUAUGUGAUGCACACAAUGGUUUAGAAAUAAUAAUAAGAAAUACAGUCUAUUUUGACACCUGUACCUCGUUGCAAUGUGAACACACUUUCACACCAUCACACUGUUCUCUUCAUGUCAUCUCUUCACGUUUCCCUCUGUUUCCUUUCUCUGUGUUGCCUCCCUCUCUCCCCUCCAACCUGCGUUGUCUUUCCUUCCAUCUACAUCCCCUCCACCCCUCCCUUCCUCUCCUCCUCCUCCCCUCCUUCUGAAGUCGCCCGGACACCAGUCUCAUGUGGUUUGUGAACCCUCUGAAGUCCAUCCCCUACUUCAUCUGGCACAACUACCGCUGGCUGAUCCUCAAGGCCCUGGGCCUGCUGCUGCUGCUACUCCUGCUGGGUCUAUUCCUCUACUCCUUCCCUGGCUACCUGGUCAAGAAGAUGCUGGGGGCCUGAGGGUGCUGAGACCUAUCAGGGCCACUGGUAGCCCCCUCUCUAUUCUCCUAUCCUAGCGUCCCCUCUCCUGUCCUCUGUUCCUCCUUUUCUGUCACUUUUUCUUUCUCAUUUACCCUCUCUCUGGUCCUCUCCUGUUCUCUCCUCUGUUCCUCCUUUUUACUGAUCCCAUAUCGCUUCUCUCUCUGUCUAUCCUUUUCCUCCCAUCUCCUGCGGUAUCUGUCACUCAAUGGAUUUUAUCACAUCUUCCUCUCCGCUUUCUACCACCUUCCUUUUCUAUAACCUCUUUCUUCUAUCCUUCAACCUCUUUCAUCUCUUGUCUAUCUUUUCAGGUCCUAUUUUCCGCAUCUCAGGUCUGUCUCUCAAUCUUUGUAUUUUCUCAGAUAUACACAGAUUGUGUCCGGUUCCGUUUCCUCUUUGCAUUGUUUCUCUCGUCUCUCAACCUGUCAAUCAUGAGUCUGCCAUUGUGCCCUACACUGUCAUUACACUGGCGGCUUUAGGUUAAGACUUUAUUAUAUGCACUGUCAAACUUUUCCCUGUAAAUGACCAGCAUUAUACUGGCACCAGAGUUGCUAGCGGACUAAACUCCACUCCAUGGUGAAGGAAGUUUAUGAUGAACUUCACCAACAGAGUGGAGCAGAGACCAGGCUUUGUGGAAUAUCUAGCUCCGACUACAUCGAUUCGCCCAAGGUCAAUACUUUAACAAAAAAAAUUAUAAUAAUGAAACGCCUACCUGGUACCUAUGUUUGUCUUCUGUAGUUGUAUGCCUUUCUUUGUUUGCUGAAAUCUGUACUUUUUCAAUAAAUGUUAAUCAAAUACAACCACCGACUUUUUGCUCGUUUCUGUUUCUCAGAUGGCAACUUAGUGUGAAUGCGCAUGUGCCCAUUGAAUGUCCGAUGAGGUAGGCCUAGGUCUCCAAAUACUAAUUGUCCAAUCAAAUCACACAAUCUACAGAUGGUAUGUCGACCAAUCAAAUUUUGCAGAUCAUUACAGGUGCCAGUAAAAACUAAAUGUUGCGCAUAACUUUUUUAUUUCCAGAGAUACUGAGAAAUAACGAGAGAGAGAAAUCAUAGAAAGAUAUGUUUUUUGUACAUAUUACAAUCAUUUUAUAGCCUAGGUUUAUUUUACAAACAUAAUCGGAGAUUCAAUUGCGUAUCCGUGAUGAGUUGCCAUCUUAAUUUAUUUAAAAAGUAUGGAUUUCAACAAACAAAGAAAGGCAUACAAUAACAGAGGACGAACAUGGGUACCAGGUAGGUGUUUCAUGAUUUACUUUUUUUGAAAAGUAUUGACCUUGAAUCGAUGUAGUCAGAGCUAGAUUCCACAAAGCCUGGUCUCUGCUCCAAUCUGUUGGUGAAAUGAAUCAUAAACUUCCUUCACUAUGGAGGGGAGUUUAGUCCUCUACAGAGUUGCCAACUUAAUACUGUAAUUUUGCUUUACAGCAGAGAAGCUGUAAUAUAUUUUACAGUACCAUUUUCCUUACUGUAAAACAUGUUACAGAAUACAGCAUCCCUGCUGUAAAUGUACAUCACAGCAGGGAUGCUGUAAUGUUUUACAGUAAGGGAAAUAGUACUGUAAAAUAUAUAACAGCAUCUCUGCUGUACAGCAAAAUUACAGUACUAAGCUGGCAACUCUGGUGCCAGGAUAAUGCUGUAAAUGUACAUUGAAAUUCUUGCUGAAAUCUAAAUGUAAGAUAAAAAAUACAUUUGAACAUAAAAUACAUUUAUUCAAGUUGGUAACAACAUUAACUGCAAAUUAACAAUAAGGGCUGUCAUUAUAUGGGCGGUAGGUAGCCUAUCGGUUAAGAGCAUUGGGCUGGUAAUUGAAAGGUCACUGGUUCGAAUCCCUGAGCCAAUUAGGUGAAAAAACGAUCAAUGUGCCCUUGAGCAAGACACUUAAACCUAAUUGUUCCUGUAAGUCACUCUGGAUAAGAAGGUCUGCCAAAUGACAAAAAUGUCAAACAAUCAUCGUCCCAUUUUAUGUCUUCAUUGUCUGCGGAAUAUAUCUGUGCUUAGCUGACUGUGCAGUGGUCUUUUGCUUAAUAAAAAUAAUGUAGUUAUUUCAUAAAGAGGGUUGUUUGCGUAGUAGUGCAUGGAGAAAUGUGAUCAGUUAGAAAUAGUCAUACAUCAUAUAUGACUUACAAACCACUAACACUGGCUCUCCUCUUUUCUCUUUUUAUCCUCUACCUCUGCCCCCCUUAUCACCGUUUCCUCACCCCAUCCACUAUCCUCCCUUCAUCCCACUCACCCCUCUGUCCCCCACCUCUACCUCUCCCACAACCGCCCUCCAUCUACCCCAUGUCCUUCUCCACUCCCUUCCCCUAUAUCCUCCUUUUCACCCUUUUAACCGUCACCCCCCCAUCCUGUCCAUCAUAUGACCCACUAUCUACCCCCCCUAUCCCCUCACCCAUCCUCUCUAACCUCCCCUCCCCCCUCCCCCAGUCGGCCAGACACCACCUUCCUGUGGUUCCUGAGCCCGCUGAAGGCCAUCCGCUACCUGGUGUGUAACCGCUACAAGUGCCUCAUCAUCAAAAUCAUUGUGGCCCUGCUGCUGCUCAUGAUGCUGGGGCUCUUCCUCUACAGCAUGCCUGGCUACCUGGUCAAGAAGCUGCUGGGGGCCUGAGGGGGCUGAAUGGGGCUGCAGGGUGUGUACCAGGGUGGCAUGGAGAUGGCCUGGAGGUGGUCUAGACGCAGGGGAGGGGUGGUGGGUGAGAUACCGCACACUUCCCAUUUCUACUGUUUCUACCACAUCCCCUAGUCUCUUCCUCAGUCCCCUCUCCCCAAACACACUCGCUUCAGUGUUGCUGAGAGAGGGCGUAAGGAAGAGAAUGAGGGAGGGAAAGGUGGAUACAUGCGGAGACAAGAUUGUUGCAGGCCCACAGUCCCCUCCCUCAGCAUCCCAGCCUUGCCCCCGCCCCACCACCCCUCUAACCUUGGCAGUGCUGCUGAACACACCUUCUACUCAAAGACGUUCUAUCUAUCCCUUGGACUUUUUAUCUAUCCCUUGGACUACUAAAAACUAAGAACGUCCAUCUACAGUGAGGAAAAAAAGUAUUUGAUCCCCUGCUGAUUUUGUAUGUUUGCCCACUGACAAAGAAAUGAUCAGUCUAUAAUUUUAAUGGUAGGUUUAUUUGAACAGUGAGAGACAGAAUAACAACAAAAUAAUUCAGAAAAACGCAUGUCAAAUAUGUUACAAAUUGAUUUGCAUUUUAAUGAGGGAAAUACGUAUUUGACCCCCUCUCAAUCAGAAAGAUUUCUGGCUCCCAGGUGUCUUUUAUACAGGUAACGAGCUGAGAUUAGGAGCACACUCUUAAAGGGAGUGCUCCUAAUCUCAGCUUGUUACCUGUAUAAAAGACACCUGUCCACAGAAGCAAUCAAUCAAUCAGAUUCCAAACUCUCCACCAUGGCCAAGUCCAAAGAGCUCUCCAAGGAUGUCAGGGACAAGAUUGUAGACCUACACAAGGCUGGAAUGGGCUACAAGACCAUCGCCAAGCAGCUUGGUGAGAAGGUGACAACAGUUGGUGCGAUUAUUCGCAAAUGGAAGAAACACAAAAUAACUGUCAAUCUCCCUCGGCCUGGGGCUCCAUGCAAGAUCUCACCUAGUGGAGUUGCAAUGAUCAUGAGAACGGUGAGGAAUCAGCCCAGAACUACAUGGGAGGAUCUUGUCAAUGAUCUCAAGGCAGCUGGGACCAUAGUCACCAAGAAAACAAUUGGUAACACACUACGCCGUGAAGGACUGAAACCCUGCAGCGCCCGCAAGGUCCCCCUGCUCAAGAAAGCACAUAUACAGGGCCGUCUGAAGUUUGCCAAUGAACAUCUGAAUGAUUCAGAGGAGAACUGGGUGAAAGUGUUGUGGUCAGAUGAGACCAAAAUGGAGCUCUUUGGCAUCAACUCAACUCGUCGUGUUUGGAGGAGGAGGAAAUGCUGCCUAUGAUCCCAAGAACACCAUCCCCACCGUCAAACAUGGAGAUGGAAACAUUAUGCUUUGGGGGUGUUUUUCUGCUAAGGGGACAGGACAACUUCACCGCAUCAAAGGGACGAUGGACGGGGCCAUGUACCGUCAAAUCUUGGGUGAGAACCUCCUUCCCUCAGCCAGGGCAUUGAAAAUGGGUCGUGGAUGGGUAUUCCAGCAUGACAAUGACCCAAAACACACGGCCAAGGCAACAAAGGAGUGGCUCAAGAAGAAGCACAUUAAGGUCCUGGAGUGGGCUAGCCAGUCUCCAGACCUUAAUCCCAUAGAAAAUCUGUGGAGGGAGCUGAAGGUUCGAGUUGCCAAACGUCAGCCUCGAAACCUUAAUGACUUGGAGAAGAUCUGCAAAGAGGACUGGAACAAAAUCCCUCCUGAGAUGUGUGCAAACCUGGUGGCCAACUACAAGAAACGCCUGACCUCUGUGAUUGCCAACAAGGGUUUUGCCACCAAGUACUAAGUCAUGUUUUGCAGAGGGGUCAAAUACUUAUUUCCCUCAUUCAAAUGCAAAUCAAUUUAUAACAUUUUUGACAUGCGUUUUUCUGGAUUUUUUUGUUGUUAUUCUGUCUCUCACUGUUCAAAUAAACCAUAAACCUAACAUUAAAAUUAUAGACUGAUCAUUUCUUUGUCAGUGGGCAAACGUACAAAAUCAGCUGGGGAUCAAAUACUUUUUUCCCCUCACUGUAUCUUCUACUCUACAGUAGCACAGUGGGCCUAACCAUCCCUGCACUGACCACUGACUAACCAAUCAAACGUCUUGCCCCUGAUCUGAUCAUCAAUGAUGCGGCAUACCCUGAUGUAACAUUUUAGAGAUUGUUUAUUUAUUGAUCUAUUUCUUUGUUUAUUUAUGACUUAAAUGAUUUAGAAGGACAUUGUUAGUGGUCAGUUGAUCGGUACUGUUGGUCAUGCAUGGACACACAUUUCUCAAGUGAUGUUGUAAUAUUUCCCAUUACUUCUAUUGUAUGCCUGUUUUUAAAUGGGAAUCAUGGGGUUGGUUGGUGUGAUCACUUGAACUUGACAAAAAAUGGAUUGUUUCCAACAGUUCAAUAAUGUUCCUCUUUAGCUCUUGCAGCCUUUGCACACAUCUUAAAUAAUGAUGAAGAGAUUGAACAACAGAUGUCUAUUUUCCUAGGACCUAGUUUAACAAGAUUUAAAGAGGGACAAAGAAUACAAGAAUAACUGUUGAAUAUGAAUCAACUACUGAGCUAAGCUUGGUUUAAUUUGUGUCCUCAAACACCAACAAUUAAUGGAACAAUGCUUAUUUCUUCAGCCCUUCCUUCAGUGACCUGGAAUGCUCUUAUAGAUUGUUACUGUUAUCCAGUGAAUGCACAGUAGGCUUAGAGACAAAUACGCAUGCAACUGUAUUCUAACAUCUCACAGUGAUUCAGUUUAUAUGGUCAUCUGACAAGGCAUGACCUUCUUUCCAUUGUAGCUUUACAGUCCGUUACUAAACCUUUUAUUUAUGUCCGGAUCUUGACAUUAUCUUUUUUUGUUUACAAUGCAGAAAUUCCUAAGUGGUUAUGUGCACCUUAUAGCACAUGAGAGGUACGGUAAUAGGGAGGCUGGCUUGGCCUCUUGACCUCUACCCUAUCGGCCUAUCAGAUUACUUGGUUUGCCCUAUCGGCCUAUCAGAUUAUCAGUUUUAUUACUAUGCAUACUACCUUCCUCUAAUUACUUGUUUUUGAUUUACUUUUGAUUAUUAUUGAUAUUGUACUGCAAUGUUGAGGGAGCUAGCACGUAAGCAUUGCACCGCACCUUUUAUACCUGCUGUAAACUGUGUAGGCGAUGAAUACAAUUUGAUUUGAGAUGACUUGGUUUGCUGUGGGCAGUUCCCUCAUGUUUUCCCUUGCUUGACCUACCUGUAGUUAUGAUGCGGGUUGGCAUUUUUUGGCAUGAAUCUUGUUCUGGAGGCAGCUCUGCAGAGUGGUCACUAGCUGGCCUGGCCACAAAGUCAUAAAAUCUUAUUUUGAACUUAACCCUAGCUUUAACCACACUGCUAACCCUAAUGGAUAACCCUAGCCUUCAAUUAAUGCCAACAUGCUAAUUUUAGUUUACAUACAUUUUUGCAAUAGCCAAUUUUGAGUGCAGCUCGCUCAGUUCUGCCUCAAGGACUAGACUCAUCCCAAAAAACGUCAACCUGCAGUUAUGACAUAAUUUGUGUUGCAGUCAUUUUAGUGAUCCCGUGUUCACAAAAUACAAACCAACAAAAAAAAGAUUUAUGUUUGCACUUACUCUCGCCUGUUUGUAUGAUAAAGUGUAUUUAUAUUUCUGUUAAAGUGUGCAAUCUUUAUUUUUUGUCUGUUUUAACAAUGAUUUGAAAUAAAUUGAAUGAAUUGAAAAAACUAUUUUGGGAAAUGUUAGGUUUGUAUCCGGUUACAUUUUAUAUGUGUCGCUGUGUUCUUGUGUGUGCCAGAGGUUGCAUGAGUAUCUAUACGACUCGUUGAGGGUAGAGUGUGUGCAUAUUGUUGUUGUGUGUGUGUGUGUGUAUAACAUCUCCAUCUCUCCCUGCAGUCGUCCGAACACCAGUCUGUCGUGGUUGCUGAGCCCGGUGCGUGUGGUAUGUAUCCUGGCCUGGAGGCAGUAUAAGCUGCACUGUGUUCUGCUGCUUGGGGCUGUCCUGGGACUUCUGUUCCUGGGCCUGCUCUUCUUCUCCCUGCCUUCUGCCCUCAGCAACAAGAUCUUCAAUGUCGCUGGCUGA